CCAACAAAUUUUACUGCUUUUUUUAAGUCUCUAAAUCCCCUCCAUUUUUCAUCUCUCUCUCUCUCUCUCUCUCUCUCUCUCUCUAUUCGCUUUCCCAAAUUUCGACUCUCUUUCGCGGCCUAUCUACUAGAUCUCCAUCUUCAACUCUCAAAGAGUAAAAGAUGGCAGCUACACCAGCAGCUACCUUUUCAAUCGGGACAACUUCCUCCCUUGGCUCGAAAAUGAGCUCACUUCCACAAUCGAAGCCUUGUGCUCUGCGGCUCAACCAGAACUCUCUUAAAAGUUUCAGUGGCCUCAAGGCAGCAUCUUCUGUGAAUUGCGAGUCAGAGUCAUCUUUCCUAGGCAAGGAAAGCAGUGCAGCUCUUCGAGGCUCUUUUGCACAAAAAGCCCAGAAGGCUGACCGGAGGUUUCAAUAUAAUUUCCAGCCCCGAGCAUCUUACAAAGUAGCUGUUCUUGGAGCUGCUGGAGGGAUAGGUCAACCAUUGUCACUUCUUAUCAAGAUGUCACCAUUAGUUUCUGACCUGCACCUUUAUGAUAUAGCAAAUGUGAAGGGAGUUGCUGCUGAUCUGAGCCACUGCAACACUCCCUCUAAAGUUAGGGAUUUUACAGGAAAUUCUGAACUAGCCAAUGCUUUGAAAGGAGUAAAUGUAGUUGUCAUACCCGCUGGAGUUCCAAGAAAGCCCGGUAUGACUCGUGAUGACCUAUUUAACAUCAAUGCCGGCAUAGUUAAGAACUUGGUUGAGGCCGUUGCGGAUAACUGCCCUGAUGCCUUCCUCCACAUUAUCAGUAACCCAGUCAACUCCACAGUGCCAAUUGCAGCUGAAGUCCUGAAGCAGAAAGGUGUAUAUGAUCCAAAGAAGCUAUUUGGUGUUAGUACAUUGGAUGUUGUGAGGGCAAACACAUUUGUUGCUCAGCAGAAAAAUCUCAAAUUGAUUGAUGUUGAUGUUCCAGUUGUAGGGGGACAUGCUGGUAUCACUAUUCUUCCCCUGCUAUCAAAGACAAAACCUUCAGUGAGCUUUACUGAUGAAGAAAUUCAACAGCUAACUGUUAGGAUUCAAAACGCUGGAACAGAAGUUGUGGAAGCCAAGGCAGGUGCCGGGUCCGCUACAUUGUCAAUGGCAUAUGCAGCGGCUAGAUUUGUUGAGUCAUCUCUUCGUGCACUGGAUGGAGAUGGGGAUGUUUAUGAAUGCUCAUAUGUGCAAUCCGAUCUGACUGAGCUUCCGUUCUUUGCAUCAAGGAUUAAGCUUGGAAGGAAAGGAGUUGAAGCCAUAAUAUCAUCUGACCUCCAAGGAUUGACCGAGUAUGAGCAAAAGGCUUUGGAGGCCCUGAAACCAGAGCUGAAGGCCAGCAUUGAGAAGGGGAUUUCAUUUGCUCAUAAGCAAACAGUGGCGGCGUAAAAUCUGUGUUUUGGAAGCACUUACCUCGCUAUGAUAUAUGCUUUAGAGAGGGAUGGUAAGACUAGGUAAUUUUUUUUUUUUUAGCAGAUUAUCAUUGCAUCAGUACUUAUAUUUUUUUUGUAGAAUUGAAAGAUAAGUCAUUUUGUUUUCCGAGUUAAAAGAACUUUGAAGAGAAUAUAGAGUUCGUGUAGUAGAUCUGAAGAAUGUAACAUUUCCAUGGAGAGUGUAAUAUGAAGUUUUGGAAUAACGUUGCUGGUGCUAAAUAAGAUUUUGGGAUAUUAUUUAAUAAAUUUUUUCCCUGUGUUUGUGGAUUCCAAGUAGGUGAUGUAGUCAAGGAGUUCAUGUUUUUCUGAAAUAAGAAUAUGGUUUUUUUCUUGUUA